UCUCUGCGUGUUGGUUAUUUUCUGCAUAGUAGACAAGCAGGGAAAGUUAUUAAAUAUUAUUUGACAUAGACCAACCCACCUGCAUGUGGGUAAGGAUGGAGAUACACAAAAAAAGUAGCAUCCUACCUGCCUCCUGAACUCCUAGUGGUAGUUCUCCUGUGUCCCUGAAACAGGGAAGGAUGCACUGAACAGGCUUUUAAAUGGGUUCUCCCUAUGCCUAGUGUUAUUCAUCACCAAAAGACAAAAAGCAAGUGUCUUUCAUUACCUACAGGAAGAUACUGACCUAGGAAGAGGCACAUUAUUUGAUCUUUUCAAAUUAGUGAUGGGAUUUAAAACAAAAGGGCAAGUGCCAUAUUUGAAUAAGAAGAUUCAACUAUAAUGCUACAAACUGUGCAAGUCCUAGAAACACAGAAGAGGGAAGAACUUGCUAUAACGCAGUUCUGUAGAAGGGAGAUCAAGCAACAUCACCAUCCUGGAAUAAUGUCAUGUUGUUGCUAGAAAAAGUAUAACUUUUAAAUAGGAAGACAACCCGCAAAAUCCUCAGAUUCACUUAAUACAUGCCAGGUGCAACACCAGAGGCCUGGGCCAAUGGGAGGUCGUUACUACUAAGGGCUAGCUUUCACAAAAGCAAAUCAUGACUGUGCCACAAAACUGUACAGAUACUACUCAAAAUUUCUUGCACAUCCUGAGAGCGCUACUUCAUGGACAAGAUGUCAUCAGGAAGCUGGAAUGCUGGGAAGAAAAAUGCAUAUACAGCAGUCAAAGUAGAUCCUGAUGAGGACUAUUGUACCCCAGGGGCAUUUGAACUGGAGAGACUCUUGUGGAAGGGCUGCCCAAAGUACACUCACGUCAAUGAAGUCUGGCCCAACCUCUACAUAGGAGACGAGAAAACCGCGCUGGAUCGCUACAGCCUGGAGAAGGCGGGAUUCACGCACAUCCUCAACGCGGCCCACGGGCAGCGCAACGUGGACACGGGCCCGCAGUACUACAGCAGCAUGGCCGUGCACUACCACGGUGUGGAAGCAGAUGAUCUCCCCACCUUCAACCUCAGCCAGUUCUUUUAUUCGGCUUCCAAAUUCAUUGAUAAUGCACUUCAGGAUGAAAGAAGCAAGGUGCUGGUUCACUGCGCCAUGGGCCGCAGCCGCUCCGCCACGCUGGUCUUGGCUUACCUGAUGAUUUACAAGAACAUGACAGUGGUGGAGGCCAUUGAGCAAGUGUCAAGGCACCGCUGCAUCCUGCCAAACCGGGGCUUCUUGAAACAGCUGAGAGAACUGGACAUAGCGCUGGCACUGCAGAGGAGGAACAGCAAGAACAGCCUAGCACCUGCUGAGCAGCAGAACAGCACCACCAUCUAGCACUGUCCUGGCACAGCUGUGCUACUGGAAAAGAAAACUCCAUACAAGGAGGGGAGGGGAAGGUGUAGUUAAUUACAGAGUCACAAGGAUCAUUUGUUAUUUGCUAGGAAAAAAACCCCAAAGUAAUUUCAAAUGCAAUGUCAAGAUGAGAAAGAAGGGAAACCAAAUUUAAAACUCCUCAUCUUAGAAAGGUCCAGCUGUAGCAGAAUUCUUUGUUACAUCAACAAAUAAGUUUUUCUCUCUGCAAAAAACCCCAAACAUUUACAACACAAAAGCAAGCACAACUUAAAACUCUCUUCUAGUUAAGUACCCCCAAAUCAUGAUCCUAACUCAAGCCCACGGCCUUUAAAGGAGUGCAGAUAGCACUCCUGAAGAAAUCUUGCAGGAAAAACACUGAAUUGUUUAGUCCAGAGUCCUGAAGGGUUUCACAGGAGUUAGUCUUUUUGUGCUGUUUCCUGGCAAUUUUAUUUCUUUUUUCACAGUGAUAAUCCAGGGCAGCACAGCAGUUAGAGAGCCUCUACAUGAGGAUCAACUACACCAUGAGCAUUUGCUUUACAGGCAGGAAUUCUGCAUGAAAUGAUAAACUAAAAGCUAACAAAUAUCUGUAAGGAUUUCCCUUUGUCAAGCUACAGUUGUCUUCUUUCUUGUAUCCUGCAUGAAAGCUUGAUGACUGCUGUAACUGAAAGAGGAUUUGUCAUUGAUUCACAUGCAUAAUUGAUCACCCUCAGCACUACAGAAAAUUGCCAGGGCCAUUCUUUCUAUUUACCAUGCUGAUAAAAAAAAUGGAGUUUGCUUCCAUCAACCACCCUGCCAGAUGGACAAAUUAAACAGCUUAUAAAACUGAGAAACACAGACAGUGAUCUAACAUGGAAUAUUAGUACCUUUAGCAGUCCUUCAUUUCUGCUGAUAUCAGAGAUUCUUACACUUAGUAAAAAACUGGUUGCAUUUUGCCCACUGCUAGGGGAUCAGGCAGCCUGAGCAUUACAACACUUACCAUUCCUGUCUUUGCUAAGGGGCUGAGUGCAGCUUCCAGGAGAAGUGGCAUUUGGCAACUUCCAGAUGUCCUGCUCCAAAGACAAGUAUCUUUCCUAGAACCAGGUCUUGCCUGAAGGACUCUGCUGGCAUAGCUGUGCCAGUUAAACAGCUCUGAAGUAAACAUACUUUUCAUUUACUUCCCAGCUUUUUUUGCCUACUGUUCUCCCAGAACUAAUGAGACUAAAUCAGAAAAGCAGAGCUUCUGGAACACGUGACUUCCACAAAGUGAGGCAACUCUUGCAAGCUGCUAAUCAGCUGAUUCACAAGUGUCAGCACCGACUCCAGCUACAAGCCAGGGCUGCAGGAAACACACACACAUUGAACAAGGCAAGUUGAUUUCCUUCUUGCCCACCACCAGUGGCAUGGAGCAUUCGGUAAGAGUGCAUGGCCAAAGAAGCCUCCUGCCUUUUACAAGAAUCAUCUACCGCAAUUCUGUGGAGAAUUUUUUGAAGACAGUAAAAGCAAGACCUCAUUCCCCUCUGGGAGAGUGCUAGAGCACACAGUCAAAACUGACACUGCAAGGUGCAUACAAGACAGAGAACAAGUACAUCUGUCAAGAAAAAACCAACCUUCUUAUUUAACAGAAAUUUUAGUGAUAUAGUGCAAUUCACAGCUAAACAGUUGUUGUGGGAAAAGAUGAAGAAUAGUCCCUUGUCCUCCUGGACUGAGUUAAAUUUUGAAAUAACAAGAUUAUAUUGGAAACUUGGCUGUUGUGCAUACACUAUGCAUCAGUUCCCAACCAACUCUUAACCCAUAUAUUGUAAAUACAGAAUUUUAGCAAUA